AUUUCUAUGUUGCUUUCACAAUGGACCCUCAAACGUCUGUCUCUGAAUUCAUUUCCAAUAUUUCAGGCCACAAAGACGUGGGAGAGUCGUCUCAGAAUCAUGGGGAUGAGGUGCUUCCUCAUUCUUUAACCAUUGCUGCGUUGGUAGGACAAGAUGAUUACUUUCAAAAUGCUUUUGUAAUGUCUUCGAGUUUCCAGACUCACACAAUAAACCAGAACCCGCAAGGCAUUGAAUUCCCCGAGGAGAUUUCACUUGAACCUGAUUCAGGACAGUCCAACCAGAGGAAAAGAAAACUCUUUGAAUUAGAAAACUCAAAAUGUCUCCAACAAGAGAUUGCAGGGGUGUCUCAAGGACUUGAGGGGAACCAAAAUGAGCAGCAGCAGCAGCAGCAGCCUAAACAAAAACGUCGUGGUAAAUUGCAUACAAUUUCAGAGAGGCGGCGCAGGGAGCGUAUUAGAGGAAAGAUUCAAGCUUUGCAAGAAUUGAUGCCCAACUGUAACAAGUGGGACAAAGCUUCGAUUCUGGAUGAUGCAAUUAACUGUAUUAAAUCACUAAAAGUUCAAGUUGAAAUGAUGUCAAUGGCAAGAGGAGCAUUUUAUCGAGUUCCAUACAUGUCACAAGCACUAAUGCACAUGAAAGCAGGGAUGGUUGGCAUGUGUUUUUCAUCUCGUCUUCCUACAAUGCCACCAUUUUCAGAACCAGCAGGGCUGCCACUAAUGCCUGGAACUGGAACCAGAAAUCUUGGCCUCCCACUUCUUCAAAUGCCAUUUUUUCAUUCACAGCUACCACUACCACCAGCUGCCACUCCAACAAUGUUACCAAAUUAUCUUACACCUGCAGCAUUAUUCUACUAUUCAAGCCAGGGCGAAGCUGUUGAUACUCAAAACAUUGUAUCCACCACUUCCAUUGAUUGCCAACAAAUCCCAAUUACCAUUCAGUCCCAUGACAAUAGUUUCCUCGGUGAAAAUUAUCUUGCCUCGUCAUCGCCAUCAAAGGUUCCUUCUAGUUAUCAGUAAUCAAGAGCUUGCAUGGCAUCACAGUGAUGAAUUGCUUUCCCUUGUUGAUUGAUUGAAGAACAAAAGAAGAGAUCCUGCAAUGGAGCAGACUGAGUCACCACAAUUCGUUUCUGGACAUUGAUUUGAGGGUCUAUAAUUUCUUGUAUGGAUAUUAAAUAAAAAAUGUUUGAGUUUGGAUUUGGUAAAUUUAGCAAUUAAAUUUAUGCGACUCAUAUUAU